AUGCAGUCCAAGCUAAUAUUCGGUUCUCUCUUCAGUUCAAAUCAGGAUGCCAUCAUCUUUAGAAUGACGAACGCCGUGUGUGAAAGUUACAACCAAUCGUGGUUCGUGUUCCACACUUGUCGCCUGAAGGCCCUCAGUCGGAGCAAAGUAGUCUUCAAUAUGUAUGGAGUGGCGCUACAUCCGGCCAACGAAAUAUCCAUUCACUGCAGAGUUUUCAAAAAGGCCAAUGGCUACAAGCCCUGGCUCCUCGACGUUAAGUUUGAUGGUUGUCAGUAUAUGCGAAAACGAAAUCAACCUAUUUUUAAUGUAGUCUACGUGUUAAUUAAAGAUUUUACCAACAUUAACCACUCCUGUCCGUUUGUGGGUCCACAAGUCCUCAAGGAUUUCUAUCCGAAACCUGAACUGUUGCGUCUACCGUUGCCGACGGGAGAUUAUAUGCUGACGCUUCAGUGGUACUUCAACAAGAAGCUACAAUUUGAUACAAAUGUCAGUUUUACAUUCGUAGAGGAUCUCCUGAAGAAAAAUUAA